CGAUCAUGGUGAUCUGCAGUUAGCUCAUCGCUCGAUGGCCGCUGGGUUUUCCUCACUUCCUCCAAUUGACCAGUCCUGUCCAACUCAACCUGCUGCUAUACACACCGUAUUGUCUAACCUUGCAGCGAUCUAUUUGCCAGGACAUCCUCACGAAUCGAUUCUCAUCCAGCCUGCGAUAAGGCUUCGAUCCGACCAACAUGGCACAAGUUCGGAUUUCGGAUCCAGGAAUCAGUGAAGCCUACCAUCGUAUCACCGCUGCUGAUCCUGAGAUAGAUUAUAUGUUGCUAUCUUAUGUCGGUCAAACAAAUGACCUCAAGGUUCAGGAGCAAGGGACGGGCGGAUUGGCCGAGCUACAAGAUAGUUGGAAUGACGGUCGGAUUCAGUUUGCCUUCGUAAGGGUGAAAGAAGCAGGAUCUGGCUUGACUAAAUUUGUCCUGAUUGCGUGGUGUGGCGAUGGCGUACUUGAAUCACGCAAAGGUCUUUUUCAUUCACACGCAAGCACAGUGGCUCAAUUCCUCAAAGGGUAUCACGUCCAGAUCAACGCGAGAUGCGACGCCGAUGUCGAGCCUUCCCAUAUCAUGAAAAAAGUAGCCGAUUCUAGCGGUGCCAAGUAUAGCGUACAUAAUGAGAAACCAGUCAAACGAGAGAUGCCUGCGCCUGUGGGUACGAAUUAUAAACCUAUCGGACGUCCAGACAUUGCUUCCAUGACCAGCAAGCAAAAGCCCACCCCUCCUGCCCCAGUCGGUACUUCGUAUACGCCUAUGAAAAAUGAACUAGCUGAGAUCAGAGCCGCGCGAACAGCUCCUUCGGUAGCCCCAGUACCAGCCCGGGCUCCUGUCGGGCGCAACAUGAAUGAUGAUGAUUUUGAGCCGACAAUCAAAGCUACUUCUACCCCUCCACCACCAGUCAUUCCUACCCGCCCGCCUGCUACCCAAGCUCCUGCACAACCAAAAAGCACACAGGAAAAUGAUAACGAAGGACGCCCGGGUUAUGUUGGAACCGCAUAUACUCCGGUAUCACUUGGGAAACCCGGGAAGCUUGGAAGUAGACUCUCAGCCUUCUCCACACCGCAAGAAGUCAAUCCCGCAGUUUCGGCCGCGAGUGGUGGUAAGAAGAUGACCUGGGCUGAGCGCCAAGCUCUAGCAAAGAAGGUGGCCGCGGAAGAGGAAGAGCGCAGUCGAGCUGCCAUUGAAAAGAGCAAUCCUUUGGGUAACCGGAUUCCUUCGGCUGGGAUGAUGGCUGUUCCUCCAGUUCGAUCUUAUCCUCCGCCCACCCGUGAUGAUGACUUCGAAACUCCUGCUGCACGAAAAGAAGAAUCUGAUGACGAAGGCUUUGAGCCCAAUGUUGCACAGCCGCCUCCACCGCCUCCUCCUCGUCCCCCAUCCCCACCGCCGGCUCCGUCGGAACCGAUUAUGGCUGAUUCCCCGCCACCCCCGCCUCCCCCUCCUCCAGCACCUCCUGCGCCACCACCACCCCCAAUGGUCAAUCCUGCUCCAGCUGCAGUGAUCACCAGUCGCGAAGAUCCUGUGCAAAACGUUGCCAAUGCGGAAGAGGCACUUCACCAAAAAAUGAACAAUCUGGCUCUUGAAUCUGAUCAUGCAGCUCCUCCUACCUCCAGUAACGGCUUACGGGCCGUGGUGAUAUACGACUAUCAACAGGCCGACACCGAUGAACUGGGCCUGGUCGAAGGAGAGACUAUCGUAAAUAUCGAACAAGUUGAUGAAGGCUGGUGGACUGGAAUGAGUGAAGAUGGCACGCGACAGGGCUUGUUUCCCGCCACUUGUGUGAGCUUGAUCACCGAAGGAACAGAGACAAAUCAAGAAGAAGAAGAAGCGGUAGCACCCCCACCAGCAGAAGAAGUACAAGAAGCAGUCGAAGCAGUUCCAGCGGGAAUCAAGGGAAUCUUUGCGAUUGCUAUGUAUGAUUAUGAGGCCGGGGAAGAUAAUGAGAUCACUUUCCAAGAAGCAGAAGAGAUCAUUGACAUUGAAUACUCAUCUGAGGAUUGGUGGACUGGAACGGUUGCUUCAUCUGGCCAAAGAGGCCUAUUUCCAGCAAAUUACGUUGAAUUGCAGGAACAGUAAAGAACAAAAAAAGCUAAAUAUUUGUUGGACAAUUUGAGGAGUUCUCCUUUUUCAUUUCUACUUGAAAAUCUGCAUUGCUUCACAAAAAACAAAAAUCAACCUUGACAAAUUGAUCAUCAGAUUAAAAUCUUUUAAUUGGUGUUCCCAAUUUGGAUCUAUGUACUUGUUAUGAAAUUGAUUGACUCAGUUUAACUUUUUUUUUCCAAUUAUUAUCAAGAUAGCCAGCCAUAUUGGCUUGAAAAAACUUAAUUCAUCAUUGUUCAAGUCCCA